GCUCUGUGGAAUUCGUGUGCGUGCGUGUAUCUCCUCGGGGUUGUAGAAGCUGAAACAGUGUGAUCUCCGGACUUGGGGCGCAUAGGCACAUCCCAGUUUUCUGCCUUCCCCAGAGAUGAAAGAGAUGAAAUUGCUUCCCUGAAAACAGAGCCGGCAAGUUCCAGGUGCCCAUACCGGAAACUUGCAGAUCCUGCCUCCUGCUUCCCAGGCCACAGCGGUGGGGGACUUAGGGUGAAGCAGUAAGUUUCUGUAUUCAGCUGCCCAGGCGGAGGAGAAUGGGGUCUCCACAGCCUGAAGAAUGAAGACACGACAGAAUAAAGACUCAAUGUCAAUGAGGAGUGGCCGAAAGAAGGAGGCCCCUGGGCCCCGGGAAGAGCUGAGAUCGAGGGGCCGGGCCUCCCCUGGAGGGGUCAGCACAUCUAGCAGUGAUGGCAAAGCCGAGAAGUCUAGGCAGACGGCCAAGAAGGCCCGAGUAGAGGAAGCCUCCACCCCAAAGGUCAGCAAGCAGGGCCGAAGUGAGGAGAUCUCCGAGAGUGAAAGUGAGGAGACCAAUGCACCGAAAAAGACCAAAACUGAGCAGGAGCUCCCUCGGCCACAGUCUCCCUCGGAUCUGGAUAGUUUGGAUGGGCGGAGCCUCAAUGAUGAUGGCAGCAGUGACCCUAGGGAUAUCGACCAGGAUAACCGAAGCACGUCCCCCAGUAUCUACAGCCCUGGAAGUGUGGAGAAUGACUCCGACUCAUCUUCUGGCCUAUCCCAGGGCCCAGCCCGCCCCUACCACCCACCUCCACUCUUUCCUCCCUCCCCUCCACCACCAGACAGCACCCCCAGACAGCCAGAGCCUGGCUUUGAGCCCCAUCCUUCGGUGACAUCCACUGGAUAUCAUGCUCCCAUGGAGCCCCCCACAUCUCGAAUGUUCCAGGCUCCUCCGGGAGCCCCUCCCCCUCAUCCACAGCUCUAUCCUGGGGGCACUGGUGGAGGAGUUUUGUCUGGACCCUCAGUGGGCCCUAAGGGGGGAGGAGCUGCCUCUUCAGUGGGGGGCCCUAGUGGGGGUAAGCAGCACCCCCCACCCACCACCCCUAUUUCACUAUCAAGCUCGGGGGCUGGUGGUGCUCCCCCAGCAAAGCCACCUAACACUCCAGUCGGUGGUGGAAACCUACCCUCUGCUCCACCACCAGCCACUUUCCCCCAUGUGACACCAAACCUGCCUCCCCCACCUGCCCUGAGACCCCUCAACAAUGCAUCAGCCUCUCCUCCUGGCCUGGGGGCCCAGCCACUACCCGGGCAUCUGCCCUCUCCCCAUGCCAUGGGGCAGGGGAUGGGUGGACUUCCUCCUGGCCCAGAGAAGGGCCCCACUCUUGCUCCGUCACCCCAUCCUCUGCCACCUGCUUCCUCCUCUUCUGCCCCGGCCCCCCCGAUGCGGUAUCCUUAUUCAUCCUCUAGUAGUAGCACUGCAGCAGCCUCCUCUUCCAGUUCUUCCUCUUCCUCUGCCUCCCAGUACCCGGCUUCCCAGGCAUUGCCCAGUUAUCCCCACUCCUUCCCUCCCCCAACCAGCCUCUCAGUCUCUAACCAGCCCCCCAAGUAUACUCAGCCUUCUCUCCCAUCCCAAGCUGUGUGGAGCCAGGGUCCCCCUCCACCUCCUCCCUAUGGCCGCCUCUUAGCCAACAGCAGUGCCCAUCCAGGCCCCUUCCCUCCUUCUGCUGGGGGCCAAUCCACUGCUCACCCACCAGCCCCAGCACAUCACCAUCACCACCAGCAACAGCAGCAGCAGCAGCAGCAGCAGCAGCCGCAGCCGCAGCCGCCGCCGCAGCAGCAGCAGCAACAUCAUGGGAGCUCUGGACCCCCUCCACCUGGAGCGUAUCCUCAUCCCCUGGAGAGCAGUAGCUCCCACCAUGCACAUCCUUAUGCCAUGUCUCCCUCCCUGGGGUCUCUGAGGCCCUACCCACCAGGGCCAGCACACCUGCCCCCACCUCACAGCCAGGUGUCCUUUAGUCAAGCAGGGCCCAACGGCCCCCCAGCCUCCUCCUCUUCCAAUUCCUCUUCCUCCUCUCAAGGGUCCUACCCAUGUUCACACCCCUCUCCUUCCCAGGGCCCCCAAGGGGCGCCCUACCCAUUCCCACCCGUGCCUCCGGUCACCACUUCCUCGGCUACACUUUCCACGGUCAUUGCUACAGUGGCUUCCUCGCCAGCAGGCUACAAAACAGCCUCCCCCCCUGGGCCCCCACCAUAUGGCAAGAGAGCCCCAUCCCCAGGGGCUUACAAGACAGCCACCCCACCCGGUUACAAGCCGGGGUCGCCGCCCUCCUUCCGAACGGGGACCCCACCGGGCUACCGGGGUGCCUCGCCGCCUGCAGGCCCAGGGACCUUCAAGCCGGGCUCGCCCACCGUGGGCCCCGGGCCGCUGCCACCUGCAGGGCCUUCUGGCCUGUCAUCCCUGCCGCCACCACCUGCGGCCCCCGCCUCAGGGCCACCCCUGAGCGCCACGCAGAUCAAACAGGAACCGGCUGAGGAGUAUGAGACCCCCGAGAGCCCGGUGCCUCCGGCCCGCAGCCCCUCGCCCCCUCCCAAAGUGGUAGACGUGCCCAGCCACGCCAGCCAGUCGGCAAGGUUCAACAAACACCUGGACCGCGGCUUUAACUCGUGCGCGCGCAGCGACCUGUACUUCGUGCCGCUGGAGGGUUCCAAGCUGGCUAAGAAGCGGGCCGACCUGGUGGAGAAGGUGCGGCGCGAGGCCGAGCAGCGCGCGCGCGAAGAAAAGGAGCGCGAGCGCGAGCGGGAACGCGAGAAGGAGCGCGAGCGCGAGAAAGAACGCGAGCUGGAACGCAGCGUGAAGUUGGCUCAGGAGGGCCGUGCUCCAGUGGAGUGCCCAUCUCUCGGCCCAGUGCCCCAUCGCCCUCCAUUUGAGCCAGGCAGUGCUGUGGCUACAGUGCCCCCCUACCUGGGUCCUGACACUCCAGCCCUGCGCACCCUGAGCGAAUACGCCCGGCCCCACGUCAUGUCUCCUGGCAAUCGCAACCAUCCAUUCUACGUGCCCCUGGGGGCAGUGGACCCAGGGCUCCUGGGUUACAAUGUUCCAGCCCUGUACAGCAGUGACCCAGCGGCCAGGGAGAGGGAGCGGGAAGCCCGUGAAAGGGACCUGCGUGACCGCCUCAAACCUGGCUUCGAGGUGAAGCCCAGUGAGCUGGAACCCCUCCACGGGGUCCCAGGGCCAGGUCUGGAUCCCUUCCCGCGACACGGGGCCUUGGCGCUGCAGCCUGGGCCACCCGGCUUGCACCCUUUCCCCUUCCAUCCGAGCCUGGGGCCCCUGGAGAGAGAACGUCUAGCGUUGGCGGCUGGACCUGCUCUGCGGCCAGAUAUGUCCUACGCCGAGCGUCUGGCAGCUGAGAGGCAGCACGCGGAAAGGGUGGCUGCCCUGGGCAACGACCCCCUGGCCCGGCUGCAGAUGCUCAACGUGACCCCCCAUCACCACCAGCACUCCCACAUCCACUCUCACCUGCACCUCCACCAGCAGGAUGCCAUCCACGCAGCCUCUGCCUCGGUGCACCCUCUCAUUGACCCCUUGGCCUCAGGGUCUCACCUUACCCGGAUCCCCUACCCAGCUGGGACCCUCCCCAACCCCCUUCUUCCUCACCCUCUGCACGAGAACGAAGUUCUUCGUCACCAGCUCUUUGCUGCUCCUUACCGGGACCUGCCAGCCUCCCUCUCUGCCCCGAUGUCAGCAGCCCACCAGCUGCAGGCCAUGCACGCGCAGUCUGCUGAGCUGCAGCGCUUGGCACUGGAGCAGCAGCAGUGGCUGCACGCCCAUCACCCGCUGCACAGCGUGCCGCUGCCGGCCCAGGAAGACUACUACAGUCACCUGAAGAAGGAAAGCGACAAGCCGCUGUAGAAACCUGCGAUCAAGAGAGCACCCAUGGCCUCCGCAUCUGGAACCUGGAGGCCUCCCUCCCCGCCUGCCACUCAGAGCCGAGGGAGGGGCGGUGCUGCUCAGUUUCAGGGCCUUGGGGCCACUGAGCAGAGGGAGGAAGGAAGGGACAGAUGGAAGGCCAAGGCUCCUGUGGUGUGCAGAGGUGGGGAGGUGGCGGGGUGGGGGGCAGAAAGCGCACAGUAUCUUGACCAGGUCCCUCUCCCUUGUCCCCCCGGCUUUCUUCCCAGACGUCCAACCCCGUGGCCACCGCCCCUCCCCAACCCCGUUGGUGUGAUUAUUUCAUCUGUUAGAUGUGACUGUUUUGCGUAGCAUCGUGUGCUGCCCUUUCCCCUCCCCAGUCCCCGUGUGCGCGCCCCCACUGCGAUGUAUGCCCCUUCCCCCACAUUAAUAAUUUAUAUAUAUAAAUAUCUAUAUGACGCUCUUUAAAAAACAUCCCAAACAAAACCAACCAACCAAACAAAAAAAAAUCCUCACGACUCCCCAGGAA